AUGCCACAACUAAAUCUAGCCUGAUGAUUGUUUAAAUUCUUAAUUAGAUGAAUAACAUUACUUAUAGUCUUCACUGCUUUGCUUAGCACACCUCCAAUAGAAAAGCCGACUAAAGUCAGAGCCCAAACCACCUCACACCCCUUAAAAGUAUGAACCUGAAACUAA